AUGGGUGUUCCCGAUUUUCUCAAGUUUGCUGCCCGGGUCUCUCCGGAAGCAUUAUGCCGCCUUCCCAAAGCCGGUAAUGCCACCCCAAUGGGGUUUGACUUUAUCCUCGUGGAUGCAACGAACGCCUUUCAAACAAUUGGAUUCCAGGCACUUUCAGAGUUUCUACUAUUACCAAAACUAAAUGUGAGGCGAGCAGUUAUAUUCGCAAUGGAUGCCCAACGACACCGUGCGGGAACGGCCAGAAGUCAUCGCACACACGCGACGGUGUUGGAUGCUGAUGUCUCUGUGCAGCAGUUGUCUCAGAAGCUGCAGGAACACUACAAACAACGUGGAGGAGAAAUGAUGCCACAAGUACUUGUUAGCGGUCGUCAAAUUGCUGGUGAAGCCGAUUAUAAAAUUCUUGAUAUUCAGAGAAACCUUGUUACACAAGCUCUCGCUGCUGGUGAGAAGGCACCAACUUUUUGUUUUGUCUCGGAGGAUUCAGAUGUUCUCUGUGGGGCACUCUGUGGACCAGCACCGUACUCUAUUUCUAUUGCAACUAAACUGCAUGAUACUAUGUUUGAGAUGUGUAUUUUGCGGCUUUCACAUGUUUUGGCAUAUGUGGCUAUGUGUGUAGAUGCCAUUGGAGGUGAAGGGGAGGUGGAACAACCCGCUGUUGUUGAAAAGCCUGCGAAGAAAGAGAAAAUGGAGGAAAACAAUGACAAUGAAGAAGAAAAAGAAGCAGAAGAAGAAGAAAAGAAUGAUAAAGUGGAAGAGGAAGAAGUUUUUCGCCGUAAAAAACAGGAUGGUCCGAUGGUGGCAACUGGUACACGUGUGGUACUCAGUGAUUCUGACUCUGAUAAUGAUAAUGAUGAUAAUAAUAAUGUUGUUGCUGACAAGAAUAACAAAAGUAAGGAGUCAGAAGAACAGAAAUUAUCAUUAACUUCUAAUGAGCCUAUUAUCACUGAUCAACAAAUUGCUGCUGCAGAGAUUUUACAAAAUAGUUGUGUAGAUUUGGUAUUUCUCUUUGUUGUCGUUAUGGGAAAUGGAAGUAAUGUUCCUCCUGUUAUUCGUGGGGCAACUAAAGUAGAUAUUCAAUCAUGUUGGAAAGCCUAUUGUCGUAUGAAGUAUGAAACUGCUGACCCUGGGCGUGAAAAAGAAAUGGGACGUAAUUUACUCUGUCUUCAUGAUGCUGUUGGACGUACAGAACAACAAGCCGAUCGUAUUGCCUCAAUGACGAUUGAUUGUUCAUUUCUAAGAAGUAUUCUUGAGGCGGCACACUAUGCAGAUGCCCAAUCACGUCCUCCUGUAGAAGAAGAAAAGGAACGUGCCUUGUUAUUUCUCUCUCAAGCUAUCUACACUACACUGCGGUAUAUUGUAGCUUGCAAUGUUGAUCCUAAUGCGGCACGACAUAAUACAUUUUUGGAUGCCCGUCCACUUAUGGAAACAGAGGUGGCCGUACCAAGUCUCGCAGCCUUUCUUUGGGUGCUCGGUCAAACACGAAAGAAGACAUUACAUUUCCCAUUAGUGGGAUUGGCAACAGAGGAAGUGUUAUCAAGCGCCGCUCGUGGAACUGCAGCGGUGGAAUCUGCCGUUGCCGUUGCCGCUGCGAGAGCACGUGGUAAUGGGAAUGAACAGAAUAUUGUUUUGCAGUGGGAUGUUGCGAAUACACUGAUGACACCGGAUGUAGGAUUACCACGAACUGUACGACUACACAAAUUACUUCCAAAUGCACUUAAUGGUAUUGGUAAAUCUUUUAUGGAUCGUCUUUAUUCUUUUCUGGAAAAAGAAUCAGGAAUUCAUACAGAAGCUUUAACACGAAAAACAAAAAAAUCCCUUCUUUCAUCUCUUGUUUUGGUGUGGCAGAAAACAUUUGCACCUUAUAUGUCUACUUUAGAUCGUAUUGCCCGACGAGUACAUGUCAUUUCACCUUUUACAGGAUCUAUUGUCUCUGGUAAUGCGACAGUAACAACAAAGAGAAAAGAAGUACCAACUGUCAAUUCUUCAGAUGUGAAGAUGUCGUACAGUUUUGAACUACGCCGUAUGGCUCCUGUUCUUAGUGGUGGUGGUGGUGAAGAGAAAUCCCUCACAGCACCAACAGCAAGUGCGGCGCUUCUCAAUGCUUUGCGGGUUUCCUACGAUUAUGCAACAGCUCCACAGCCCCCUCCAGGGACAGUGUGUGUAGAUGAUAAUACCAAUAGUGGUAGAUUAUUUUCCAAAGCAGGAAAAGGAAAGAAACAUAUGCGUGGAAAGGAUAAGACAGAAGGAGAAAAUGUUGACCAUGAGAAGGAUGCAGAUUCAGCACAGAAAAAGAAAUUGAAAACAGGUGUCUCAGGAAAUACCACUACACCUGGUUCAGAAUCGGGAGAAGUUAAAUCUGAAAAGUAUAGGCGUCCUGGUAAGAAGGAGAGAGAGAAGAUGAAGAAAAAGUUCACUAACAGCAAGUCAAAAUAA